CGGCUUCUGUUCACUCACCAUGCUUCAGGUCCAACGGAUAGCACAAAAGAGCCUCCCCAGGGCUGGCAAGCGUGCUCUGCGCUCUGGGAGCUGGCAAUCUUACCGCGGUCUAGCAACAGCUUCAGACCCAUAUGACGUGGUGGUCAUUGGCGGCGGUCCGGGCGGAUACGUAGCUGCUAUAAAGGCUGCUCAGUUGGGCUUGAAGACGGCUUGUAUAGAGAAGCGCGGUGCCCUCGGCGGAACAUGUUUAAACGUCGGCUGCAUCCCUUCUAAAGCCAUGCUCAACAAUUCCCAUAUUUACCACCAAACCCAACACGACCUGAAGCGACGCGGUAUUGACGUGGAGGGCGUCUCACUCAAUCUUCCCAAAAUGCUCGAAGCCAAAGACAACGCUGUCACUGGGCUUACAAAGGGUAUCGAACUCCUGUUCCGCCAAAAUAAAGUCGAUUACAUUAAGGGAGCGGGGUCUUUCGUAUCCCCCACGCGCAUCGCCGUCCAGCUUUUGGAAGGCGGCGAAACCCACGUAGAUGCGAAGAACAUCGUCAUUGCUACGGGCAGCGAGGUGUCACCGUUCCCUGGCGGCGCGAUUGAGAUCGACGAGAAGCAGAUUGUCAGCUCAACAGGGGCACUGGAACUCCAAAAGGUGCCAGAAAAGAUGGUUGUCAUUGGUGGUGGCAUUAUCGGCCUUGAGAUGGGCAGCGUGUGGAGUCGACUUGGUGCUGAAGUUACUGUUGUCGAGUUCUUGGGUGCUAUUGGUGGUGCGGGCAUUGAUGACGAGGUUGCUAAGCAAUUCCAGCGCCUUCUCAGCAAACAAGGAAUCAAAUUCAAGCUCAACACCAAAGUUCUUUCCGCAGAGAAGAAAGAUGGAAAGGUUUAUUUGCAGGCGGAAGCAGCAAAGGGAGGUAAGGAAGAGACGCUUGAGGCCGACGUUGUUCUCGUUGCUGUCGGUCGUAGGCCAUACGUAGAAGGCCUCAACCUCGAAGCCAUUGGUGUGGAGUUGGACAACAAGGGCCGUAUUGUCAUUGACGAUCAGUUCAACACAUCCAUCAAAAACAUCAAAUGCAUCGGGGACGUCACCUUCGGUCCCAUGUUGGCGCACAAGGCAGAAGAAGAGGGGAUUGCCGCUGUCGAAUUCUUGAAGACAGGGCACGGCCACGUUAACUACAAUGCCAUUCCUUCAGUCGUGUACACCCAUCCGGAGGUUGCGUGGGUGGGUAAGACGGAGCAGGAGCUGAAGGCUGCUGGGGUGCAGUACAACAUCGGCAAAUUCAGCUUCGCGGCCAACUCGAGGGCCAAGACCAACUUGGAUACGGAUGGUUUCGUCAAAUUCAUCACCGAAAAGGAAACGGAUAAAAUCCUAGGAGUACAUAUUAUUGGCCCUAACGCUGGUGAGAUGAUUGCCGAAGGUGUUCUCGCCAUCGAAUACGGUGCUAGCUCUGAGGACAUCGCUAGGACCACCCAUGCCCAUCCCACUCUCAGCGAGGCCUUUAAGGAGGCUGCUAUGGCUGCUUACUCGAAACCUAUCCACAUGUAAUUUGCUUUGUGAAUCGGCCCCAUUCCCUAGACUUUUUACAAUCCAUCAAUUUUACAUAU